CUGGUCUCACCUCACACAGAGCCGGACAUGCAAGCGACCCGGACACCCAGUAUCGGUGUGUUUGCAGAUUGCAGCAUCCCGGCUGGCUUGCGGAUGGGUCCGGUCCCAGGCGUCUUUAAAUUGGGAAAGUAUGUUUCGGAUCGCAAAGAAGUUGGAGUCAGGAAGAAGAUUCACCUCCAACGUGGGGAGUUCGUGGACGAAUCCGGUAGUUCAGUAUCGGACUGGAUUGGGUUAAUACGCGCGGCCAGAAACAGCCAGGAGCAGAAUUUAGAAGCGGUCUCGGAUUUACCCGGUGGACAGAUAUUUUAUCGGGUGCUGAGAGAAGUACAAGCCGGAGAGGAAUUAAGUGUUUGGUAUUCCAGCUCCCUGGCACACUGGUUUGACAUACCCAUGACCGCUACUCCGACUCACGACGAGAAAGGUGAAGAGCGCUACAUAUGCUGGUACUGCUGGAGGAUAUUCAAAUACCCUAACACCCUCAAAGCGCAUGUUCACUUCCACUGCGCACUCAGCCAUGCACGAGGCUUUGUCAGUAACGAGUACGCAAGAGUCACAGAAAACUUCAACAUACCAAGCAAUUCGACUUCACCACGGAACGGUCACAAUAUCUCAAUGCCCGAGUCCGUCAAACGGCCAUUUAUCUCAUCACCUUUCCCCAACAAAGCAGGAUUAUCAAAGAAAUCGGAGGAACAGGACAGGGCCCUGGAUAUGAGUGUUACCUCAUCUAGAAAUCAUGGGCAUAUCCUAGGCCACUGCGGAACUUCCACAGUAAUGAACAAUAUGAGUUUUCAACCGGGAGUGCGCUCAGCCUUUAAACCAAUGGGACUUUCAAAGAUUUUCACCACGGACGUCUCCAGAGAAGAGGUCCACGGGAAAUCUAACGGACUCGGUUUCAGCAAAGUGCUGGGGAACACGAAGUCCUUGCGGCCUUUGAACGAUCCAAUGCCUAACGGUCAGUCUUCAAGGGGUGCGCAUACGAUGUCGUCCACCCCUCCAGUUCUACCAUGCGCAAGCACCAUCCGAAGUUUCCCCUUACUGCCGCAUUUCGAGGAAAACUCUGCGUUCAAACACGUCGAUAGCCGCAUGCACUCUUCGCUGUCACCCUCGCGGUACUCUCAAAUAUCCCCUGGGUUUCAUUUUGAGCGAUUUUCCUUGCCACAGUUCGAUGGGGUGAAACCGUACAAUGGGGACAGUAAUGUCCCUAUUAUGCCCUUCACUGUUUACAGUGGAGAACUACUUUAUAGCUCGCCGUAUUACCCACUGAAAUUACACUUCGGCAGUCUCCUCAAAUACCCAGAGUCUGUCUCAUACUUUGGUGCUCCGACUCUCAAUCAAGACAUGAACUCUAUUACCAACAUCGACAGGGAAAUAGCUAUGCACACUCAGCAGCUGUCAGAGAUCGCUGUAGACAAAAACCGAGCAAGGUUGGAAUCAAUGCCAACAACAAAUUCAGUUUCUGGCAAGCCCAAAAAGGGUCACCUGUGUCUUUAUUGUGGAAAACUGUACUCUCGAAAAUACGGUCUGAAGAUUCAUAUGAGGACUCACACAGGCUACAAGCCACUUAAGUGUAAAGUCUGCUUCCGCCCCUUUGGUGACCCGAGCAAUCUAAACAAGCACAUUCGCCUGCAUGCUGAGGGAAACACUCCAUACAGGUGCGACUUCUGUGGGAAAGUGCUAGUGCGCAGGCGGGAUUUGGAGAGGCAUGUCAAAUCAAGGCACCCGGGUCAAGCUGUCAAAAAAUCUGAGGACAAAAUGGAGGGCAUAUUCAUGGACAGUGAGCAAAAAAGCGACAAUGACAGUGACGUUGACGUGUGUUUCACAGACGACCAGAGUGACCAGGAAUCGGCUAAAAACAAUGAUUAAUGGCCUUUUAUUGGGCACUUUGCAGCAGCCUGAGUGAUUAAAAUGACUAAAUUAUAAAUGUACGUAUGCUUUCUGUAUUAGCUAUGAAUGAUUUCUUCCAUUACCCCCGAAAGACUCAAUUUGCAUAUAGUGCGAAAACAGCCUACAAUAAAUGUUCCCACAGUCUGGAUUCGAGCACUUUAUAGAAACAGUAGUGUAUGGCAUAAUAACAUAUAUACUACAUGACAACAGUAUGUUUUUUCAGUCCUGCUUGCAUCUUCUCGGUUGUGGCGAAGUUCCACGUCUUUCACGUCUUUUAUAACUGUCAUAAACCUCUGCCGUGUCUUUUAAAACACGAUUGGUAUUAUUACAGCAAAUUCGUUUCGCAUUUCUCCCAUUCAAAAGUCCCAUGUAGGACUUUGCAAAAAUAAUGAGUUUCUGUUACCGUAAAGAAAUCCUGU